AGCACUUUGUUGCCAUUCCCUGGAGGACCGGGAAGAGCACACUGGGGCGCACCCUCCGGUGUUGUGGUGUAACUGCAAAGACAUGGCUUUCGAGUAGCUUAAGCAAGGCGUGAAUGUGCUGGAGGGGCCACGGACACCUGGAGAAGCAGGGAACCGUGCAGAGCCGAAAGGAAGGGCUGAUCUAGGCCUGGAGCUGCGGGCACGGGCUGGGGCACCGGGCCGCCUCCGCCUGCUCCUUUUCUGCUUGGUCCUCACUGCAGAGCGUGUGCACACCGUUCGUGCAGCCGCUGCAGGGACUGCGCACCUGGGGCUGUCUUGCAGAACACGGAGGGUUGGGCGGGGCGGGGCAUCAUCUUGCAGAGUCGGGUUUGGGGGAUGGAGAGUGUGGGGCUGGCGGUGGGUGCCAAACGCCGAAAGUGCUUAUGCCGCCGAACGGAGCCACUAGACACGGUCAGCAGGGUAGACGGUUAAAUGUCAGCACCAUAAGCAGAACCUGCCCCUUGCUCGCUCUGGAGAAUGACGGUACCCUAAUGUCAGGCUCGGGUGUGAAGUUUGAGGGGGGAGGACAUGGCGCCCCAACCCAGGCUGGGGAGGCAUCAGGUCCCUGGAGCCACGCCUGUGGGGUCGAGAUGCGCUUGCGGGCCUGUGAGUGGACGAGCGUGAACCUGCACGUCAGGUCUCUAGUGAGCUGCCAGCCCUUCUCCGUCUUUUUCCGUUACUUCCCGUCUCUCUCCGCCAUUCUCCGUGUCUUUCCGUCAGUCUUCGUCAUCCCCCGCCUCUCCUCGCCAAUCUCCGUCUCCGUCAAUUUCCGCCUCUGUCCGUCUCUCGCCGCGCAGGUCCGCCGGUGGCCGUGGCUCUCCGUAGAUUCCUGUGUUCACAGGCGCACGGUUCGCCCUGCUCCUGGCGCGUCCUGCCUCUGUGCUGAGGCGCAGCAGCUCGUAGCCGGGUCUGGCUGUGGGGAUCCUGGGCUGCGGCAGGAGUUCGCAUCAUGUCCCGGAGGCCACGUCUGUCACCCUGCAGCCCCCGCUGCUGUGUCUCAAGGCCCGCUGUCUCGGCCACGUUCAUGCCAGGAGGGAUGAUGUGGGUCCUGUCUGCGCAGGGGACCUGGGGAAACAUCGCAGACUCACCACUAACAGAAACAAAAAUUCCCUAUCUCAUUUACUCUUCACUCAGACCCCUUGUAAGGACCUCUCCAUCCCCAUUUUGUACGUGAGGACAUUGAGAUUUAGAGAGAUUAUGUAGCUUGAAAGUGAUUACAACCAUUAAAAGAUGUCUCAGGACGCAA